GAUUCCCUCUAUUAAAACACGGAAACGCGUUUGCCGAAAGGAAAUUACGCGGAAACUUCCUCAAGAUAUUAUUUUAUCCCAACGCACGUCGAUCUUGAUUAUCAUUCUCUCUACCACCCUUUUUCGAUUCAUUCCAACAAACCCUAUUUCUCUUCCAUCACACUCUACUACUUCCUCCUCUGUUGUUCCUUCACCGGAGAUCUCCACCGUCGCCUCAUACUGAUAGAUUUGUUUAUGCAUGACGAUAGUGCUGCGCCGUUGGCUUCUUUUCAACUGUUUUAAUGGCGAUCGGUGCGCGUUAUUCAUAUACUUCGGGUUUUGUUACGCAGAAAACCUUUCUUUUGUACGCUUCUUUUCCCGUCCCGAUCUUGUAAUGUUGAUCUUGUGCAUCUGGAUUGGUAUCAGGUUGACGGUUUUCAUUUUCCGGAGUCUGCAGAUUCUUAGCGGAGAAGAGUUGAUCUGAAUGGCUGAAUUCUGGUAUCAGGUCGACGGUUUUUCAUUCUCAGGUAUCUUCCGAUCUCUAAGGUGGGGAAGAGUUGAGAAAUUCAGAAUGACGGAAUUCUGGUAUCAGGUCGAAUAGUUAUUCUUCCGAUUUUAGGCUGAGAACUGAGAAGAGUUGAAAUCUGAAUGGCUGCACUCUUGUUUGUGACUUUUUCCGCCCGCUGGUAAGUGCUUUGGGAUUUAUGUUUAUCAACUUCGAUGUGUAUGCAGUUUGCAUAUGAAAUAUAGUUUGCUUUGAUGAUCUCUCUAUAUAGUUUGCUAACUCUAGAGAAUUUACUUCUUGUGUGUCUCCUGUUUGUUACAUCGCCUUUUUGAGUUCCUGUUUCUCUAGUUAAUUCUUUUCUGCAAAGAGUUUCCGUUACCAAUGCUUGUUAGGUUUUUUUUUUGUGUGGACCAUGGAAUUGAGCCCCAUAGACAAUUAGUUUUAAAGGAAGAAUGGCUAUAAAGUAUACCAGUUUUA